ACUGCAUUGCUGUCGGGUUUGUUUACAACAGAAUAUUUUUGUCUUUUUAGUUUAAUUGAAAUCUAAAAACUUCAAAAAGCUUUUAGUAAUUUUAAGAACUAAAUUACCUACAAAUUUGAAUUUGAUUAAAUUUUUUAUUUUGUUGUUUGUAACCUAACCAAGUAACUCGAUCGAAGCUCAAAGGUUUAACUACACUAGAAGGUUCCAGCUGCACUACACCCAAAAUUUUCGUUUACCACUGACCAGUGUAGUAGUGUAGUCUACAGUAGAAAACAAAGGAACAAACCUACUGUUCUUACUUGGCCCCAGUUGACCAAAUGUGUACUGGGCUGGGGCCAUGCCAUGAGUAGAGUAGAUAUAAGUGAAGUGGAUGUGAUAAGUUAUGGCACAUGGUAAUGGUAAAAGACAAAACACAAAGACAGUGGUUCUAAGUAUAAACUGAUUUUUUUGUGUAAACUUACAAUUGAAUUUUGUAAAUAAACUGCAAUUUAAUAUGGAAAUGAAGCAAGAGGCUAGUGAAACAACUUAUAAAAUAGAUGAAGAUAUGGAGGCAUGUGACUGUCCUUUAAAUGUCCUCAAAAUUGAAAUAAAAAAAGAACCUAAUAGAGAAAGUGUAUAUGAAGCAUAUGAUUGUUUAGAGUCAAAUGUGUCCUCUGUAAAGACUGAACUAGAACAAGAUGAAUAUAAAUUUACACUAUUUGAACAUAAGCAAACAACUGAAGAAGGUUAUCUCCAAGAGGAAAACGAAAUGGAAAUUAAUGAGACAGUAAUUGAAUAUUCAUGUUCUGAAGGAAAUUGUAUGAGUGGACACGCUGAAGGAAAAACAUUAAAUAAAAAUGUGAAAGUGGUGACUGGACAAAGACUUUACAAGUGUGAAAUUUGUUUUAAGCAGUUUGGUCAUUUAAAAACACCUAUAAGGGUGCACACCGGUGAAAAACCUUACAUGUGUGAAAUUUGUUUUAAUCAAUUUGCUACUACAAGAAUGCACACUGGAGAAAAUCCUCAUAAGUGUGAAAUUUGUUUUAAACAGUUUACUACUAGAAGUCAGUUGAAAAUGCAUUCGAGAACGCAUACUAGAGAAAAACCUUAUAAGUGUGACAUUUGUUUAAAGCAGUUUAGUGAAGCGGGUAAUUUAAAAAAACAUUUGAGAGUGCACACUGGGGAAAAACCUUACAAGUGUGAAAUUUGUUUUAAGCAAUUUGCCACUACAGGUCAGUUAAUAAUACACUUAAGAAUGCACACUGGAGAAAAACCUCACAAGUGUGAAAUUUGUUUUAAACAGUUUACUACUAGAAAUCAGUUGAAAAUGCAUUCGAGAACGCAUACUAGAGAAACACCUUAUAAGUGUGAAAUUUGUUUAAAGCAGUUUAGUCAAGCAGGUAAUUUAAAAAAACAUUUGAGAGUGCACACUGGAGAAAAACCUCACAAGUGUGAAACUUGUUUAAAGCAGUUUAGUACUAAACAUAAUUUGAAAAUGCAUUUGAGAGUGCACACUGGGGAAAAAACUUGCAAGUGCGAAAUUUGUUUUAAGCAGUUUGCCACUACAGGUCAGUUAAUAAUACACUUAAGAAUGCACACUGGAGAAAAACCUCACAAGUGUGAAAUUUGUUUUAAACAGUUUCCUACUAGAAGUCAGUUGAAAAUACAUUCGAGAACGCAUACUAAAGAAAAACCUUAUAAGUGUGAAAUUUGUUUAAAACAAUUUAGUGUAGCAGAUAGUUUAAAAACACAUUUGAGAGUGCACACUGGGGAAAAACCAUACAAGUGCGAAAUUUGUUUUAAGCAGUUUGCCACUACAGGUCAGUUAAUAAUACACUUAAGAAUGCACACCGGAGAAAAACCUCACAAGUGCGAAAUUUGUUUUAAACAAUUUACUACUGGAAGUCAGUUAAAAGUACAUUCGAGAACGCAUACUAGAGAAAAUCCUAUCCUAGAAGCGGGUAAUUUAAAAAAACAUUUGAGACUGCACACUGGAGAAAAACCUCACAAGUGUGAAAUUUGUUUAAAGCAGUUUAGUGAAAAAGGUACUUUGAAAACACAUAUGAGACUUCACACUGGAGAAAAACCAUACAUGUGUGAAAUUUGUUUAAAACAUUUUGUUAUGAAAGCUCAUUUGAAAAGACAUUUACAAACACACACUGGAGAAAAACCUCACAAGUGUGAAGUUUGUUUGAAGCAUUUUAGUGAAGCAAGUGGUUUGAAAACACAUUUGAGAGUGCACACUGGAGAUAGACCGUACAAGUGUAAAAUUUGUUUUAAACAGUUUAGUCAAGCUUCUAAUUUCAAAACACAUUUGAGAGUACACACUGGGAGCAAGACUUUAGUUGCGCAAGUAGUUUGAAAACACAUUUAAGCACGCACAGAUUAGAAAAACUAUACAAGUGUGAAAUUUAUUGUGUAGUGAAAUAGUGAAGUGGUACUUUGGAACUCUGAGAGUUGGUCUGUGCCCAUUGAACUUGCAAGUACCUAGCAUUUUCGAGCGGGGAAGCAUGCCCUUUGAGCAUGUAUUCUAUUAUAUCUAACAACAUCGACUUGUAGUCACCAUAUUCUAUUAAAAUAUAAUAUGUAAACCAUAUAUUAUGGGGUUACCACUUUAAAUAGUGUGCUAGUUUCAAACUACUCAGCAGAAUGCAAUGAAGAUGUUCUGAAUUAGAACGAAAACGUUUUGCAAUCCAUUUGGAUGACAUUUUAGAUAGUUUUUUAAUAAACGAUUUUAUACCAGAAUAUAAUUUGAAGUUUUUACUUCUGUAUGAGUUUUUUAAAUCAAAUAUUAUUUCUAUUCAAGAAGGAAAUAUUCAAUCAUAUUAGACUGUACACCAGAUGCCAGUAAAACAAAACAAUUAUGACAAUAAUAUUAAUAUAAUACAAUGAUAAUACCUACGCUUUGUUUCUUACACCGAUGGUAUUAUGAAGAUCAACGAAAAUUUCUUAUGAUUUAUCGAAAUUGAUGAUUCAAGGGGCCGCGGUUUAUAUAAAAAAAAUAACAUAAAUAUUAGAGAAAUAGAAUAUUUCCAUUGACUAUAUGCGUGAUGUGGUCAAAGAUAUGACAUCGGAACGAAUAUGAAAGGGAAAAUGGGCCUGCAAAAUUUAAUUUAACAAAAAAUCAUCGGGUUUUUUUGUUCCAUGUACACAUUAAAUUUAACAAUAAUUGACGCUGCAAAAGUAUUUAUGGUGAUCUUAGAGCAUUGAAGUAAUUAGGAGAAAUUUAUUAUGCUUUUUUAUAAAUUUUAAACAAUAAUUUUAAUGUUAUGCCUUAAAAUUAAUGCAUGAAGCAAAAAUGUUAUGCCUUAAAAUUAAAGAUUUUUAAUUUAUUUGCAGUUUAAUAAUUUGGUGCGAUUCAGUGGCGUACCUAGAAUUUCCCUCUGGGGGGGGGUUGACUUGGGCACCGAAAUAUUGUUUGUGAAAGACAAGUUACAUUUUCCUACUAUUCAUUAACCUAUAUACAGGGUGUCCCGAAAAGAUUGGUCAUAAAUUAUACCACACAUGCUGAGGUCAAAAAUAGUUCGAUUGAACCUAACUUACUUUAGUACGAAUGUGCUCAUAAAAAAAGUUACAGCCCUUUGAAGUUACAAAAUGAAAAUCGAUUUUUUUCAAUAUAUCGAAAACGAUUUAUCGAUUUAUCAUUCUUAUGGCAGGAACAUCUUAAAACAAAAUUAUAGUAAAAUUUGUCCACUCUAUAAAAAUUUAAUGGGGGUUUUGUUCCCUUAAACCCCCCAAACUUUUGUGUACGUUCCAAUUAAUUCAUUAUUGUGGUACCAUUAGUUAAACACAACGUUUUUAAAACUUUUUUGCCUCUUAGUAUUUUUUCGAUAAGCCAGUUUUUAUCGAGCUGCACCUUUUUUAAUAUGUUUACAUAAAAAUUUUAUGGGGUUGUGUUCCUUUAAACCCCCCAUAUGUUUGUGUACGUUCCAAUUAAACUAUUAUUGCGGUACCAUUAGUUAAACAGUGUUUUUAAAACUUUUUGCCUCUUCUUCUUUUUUUGAUGUCACCUUUUAACGAGAUGUGGCUUUUUCAAAAUAUACCUAAAAAUAUAAAUUAUAAAUAAAUUUUCAGAUUAUUAACAUGUUUCUAUAAUCGUACUUAACCAUAUACAAAUAUGUGGUGGAUUCCACAAAUACUCAAAAUAUCUCGAUAAACACUGGCUUAUCGAAAAAGUACUAAGAGGCAAAAAAGUUUUUAAAACAUUGUGUUUAAUUAAUGGUGCCACAAUAAUAAUUUAAUUGGAACGUACACAAAAGUUUGGGGGGAUUUAAGGGAACAAAACCCCCAUAAAAUUUUUAUGGGGUGCACAAAUUUCACUUUAAUUUUUUUUUUAAGAUGUUGCUGCCAUAAGAAUGCCACAUGUCCAUUUUCAAUAAAAAAUCUCUAAGAGUUUUCGAUAUAUGAAAAUAAAACGAUUUUCAUUUUGUAACUUCAAAGGGCUGUAAUUUUUUUUGUGUACACUAUUGUAUAUAGGUAAGUCAGGUUCAAUCAACCUAUUUUUGACCCCAGAAUCUGUGGUAUAAAUUAUGACCAAUCUUUUCGGGACACCCUGUAUAUUUCUAUAUGCUCUGGGAGGGGUUUUAACCUCCAAACCCACCCCCCUCCCCACUAGGUGCGCCACUGGAGUGAUUUACACAAUGGAAUUAAUCCAGUUAAGUAAAGCUAUUCAAGAGAAAAAUAUAAGUAUUUCGUUACUGAAUGUUCACACGUUACAAAUUAUAACGAAAUGAAAUUUUAUGUCUGAUUUUUACUGAAUUGUUAAUAUUUUUUAUAAUAAAUUAACGCAUUUUUAGUACUUAACAAUCUUAAUUGUUUUCUUUAAAAAAUUUGUUUAAUGAUUUCAGUGGUUUUCAAGAUGUGUUAAAUAUAAUACAGAAUUAAUUCAUUAUUUAUAUUUUAAUUAUUAUAUUGUAAAACUAAAACUACUGGUUUGUGAUGAAUAAAGGAAAAUUAUUUUGUU